AUGGUUAAUAGAGACCAGGAUGCAGACGAAGUAAUUCAUAGGGUUAGGCGAGAAAACAUGAUGGAAAAUGACUUAACUACUAUGAUAGAGAGAAUCAUGGCCCAGAAUGGUCUGAAUACAGGACUUCGACGGCCAAAUUAUUCCUCUCCCUUAUCAGAAUACGUCCUAACUGAAUUACCAAGGGGUUGUAAAAUCCCUAAGUUCACCAAAUUCUCAGGGGACACUAGUGAAUCCACUAUAGAACACAUAGCCAGAUACAUGACUGAGGCAGGGGAUUUGGCGAAUAGUGAGAACCUAAGAAUGAAAUAUUUUCCCAGUUCUUUAACGAAGAAUGCCUUCACGUGGUUUACAACUUUGCCACCAAAUUCCAUAGAUACUUGGCCCCAUUUGGAAAGAUUAUUUCAUGAACAAUUCUACAUGGGCCAAACUAAGAUAAGUCUUAAGGAAUUAGCCAGUAUCAAAAGAAAAUUCACUGAACCUAUAGAUGAUUAUCUGAAUAGGUUCCGUUUGUUAAAAUCUAGAUGCUUCACAUUAGUGCCUGAACAUGAAUCGGUCGAAAUGGCCGCUGGAGGUUUAGACUAUUCCAUCAGGAAAAAGAACCCUGUCGAAACUGAAAAGAAUGAUAGAUUUCCUAAAAAGACUUACACAUUUGAUGUUACCAAAUGUGACGAAAUCUUCGAUCUAUUAGUAAAAGAUGGCCAAAUGAUAGUGCCUCCUAAUACCAAAAUUCCUCUGGAUCUUAUUCAGAAUGCAAUUAAGGAUGACCGCCUCAAGUUCGCUGACAAGGGGAAAAACCAGAUGAAGGUUGACGUUGAUCCCCUCAACAUUGCUGACACAAAUUAUGCUGAACCUGUCAAAAUCAACAUGAUUGACAUAGGGGAAGUGGAGGCUGUGAAGGAAACAGGAACUGAAGGCUAUGCGCUAGACAGAAAGCAGGCUACUGAUGGCCUAAAUAACGAUGUUCCCUUUGGAAUUUCUGUCAAAGGUGAACAGGUUGCUAAUGUCGAACCAAGGGCCACUGAAGGUCUUAAUGGGAAAUCAACUGAGGCUACUCAGGGCCUAAGGAAGAAAUUUGAGGAAAUUUCAAUUACUGAUGGCGCCAAUCUAGGUGUCAACAUGGUGGAUAUGAACCAAACCCCCUAG